UCUCUCGACUGAAACUGGCGUUUGACAGCGGACAUUGUGGCUCCGCUCGUCGAGGAUUGACCUCCCCCUCCCCUCCCCCUCGAGUGAGCCCGAAUGUCGCCGGUUUCCUUGACGCCGCUGAAGAAGCGCUGGACGUCGUGAAAAAAACCCCAACAGCGCCAUUUCUGUCGGCGUCCAUGAUACGCGAUGCUACCGCAGCGGAUCCCAGAGCUAGAGCUCGGAAAGGCAGCGGCAGAGUAGUAGCCGCUCCCCUUUCGCUGCUUCUCCCUACUUCAGCCCACGGCAGGUUGUGCCGGUGAAGUAAGACGUAGCCCCAAAAUGGACCCCUCUGACUGAGACGCAAACACAUCUUGUGUUUUGCCCAACAGCAUCAGCCAUGCCUGACGAGUGAAAUCCCCUCUUUUGCUCAAAGCAAUAAAAAAAAAAAAAAAAACAACAAAAAAAAAAAAAAAAAAAACCAUCCUACAUGCCUCCCCAUGUAGAGCCCCUUCAGUGCGUCCUGCUGGAGUGACACCUCCCCCCCCCCCUCUUCCAGAUAGGUUCUGCCCCGUCCUCUGUCCGUACCCCUUCUCCACCGACCACCUUACAAUAACCACCCAUCACCAUGCUGCUCCACCUGAGAAUGGCCAACACCUGAGGUCCCAUGCGUCCAGUGAGCACCGAUUCAGACGGUCCUGCUCCUCCUGAGACCCUCUCUUGCCCCUACCCCCUUGUAGGCCCCCUGCCUGCCUCAGAGAUGUCCCUGCUCCAGUCGCUGGGUCCAGUGCAAAGCUGGCUCGGCCAGGAGCUGGAGAAGUGCGGGAUAGAUGCCAUGAUUUACACCCGCUACAUCCUCAGCCUCCUCCUGCAUGACAGUUACGACUAUGACCUGCAGGACCAGGAAAACGACAUCUUCUUGGGAUGGGAGAAGGGAACUGGGAAGAAAUGGGGCAAGAGCAAGAAGAAAGGAGGGACUGACCUGAGUCUUGAGGAAAUGAAGAAGCAAGCCGCCGUGCAAUGCCUCCGUUCUGCAUCUGAUGAAAACUCUGGAAUUGAGAGCCUGGUUGAAGAGCUUUGCUCUAAACUUAAGGACAUCCAAAACAAACAGAAAGAGGAAAAGCAGAUUCAAAAGAAAUCUGAUGGCUCUCAGUCUCCAGAGCGAGCUGAGUCCCCCUCUUCAAAGGACCAGGUGGAAAUGUAUUAUGAAGCCUUUCCUCCUUUGUCAGAGAAACCUGUUUGUCUCCAAGAGAUCAUGACGGUGUGGAACAAGGCUAAAGCCUGCGCUUACUCAAGUUCAUCAUCUUCUGCGGCCCCACAAACCAGCACGGACACCUCUUCCCCCAAAGAUUGUAACAGCGAGGGCGAGGCUGCGAAGGAGCGAAACCUCGAGGCAUGCGGCACCAUCACUACCGUGACCAACGACAGAGGGCAGCAGCGACGGAGCAAGAAGGAGAAAGAAAAUCGAUACCAUAGCGGCGCAGCGUCAGAGGAGAAGUCCACUGUCCACUCUAAGAGACAGAUGAGACACAGAUCUGAGGGCAAAUACAGACCCAGAUCUUGGUCUUCUGGCUCUAGUGAGGCAGGCUCAAGCUCAAGUGGGAACCAGGGUGACUCCAAGUCGUCCAGAAGCAAGACCGUUAGAAUAAGGCACAAAUCUAGGGAGGCUGUGAAAAAUAAGAGAACGCGCAACAGUGGGCAGGUCAAGCUGCAGGUGAAGGUCAUUGACAAAGAGGAGCGAAGAAACACCGGAGGGAGCAGCAGCAGCGCCACCACCGGCAGCGCUGCCAAACAACCACAGCUUUACAAAAAGGGGAAGAGGCCGCUGAAAGAGAUUCGCAGAGAUCCAGGCUGGGUGGAAGAAGCUGGAGUUGAGGCCAGAAACAAAAAGGAAUACAUGGAGGAGCCACUUUGGUACACUGAGCCCAUCACAGAGUAUUUUAUACCUUUCAGCAGCAGACAAAGCAAGCUGGAAACGAAAUAUCGAAGUAAGGCAGACUCUCCUCGUGGCUUCGCCUCGUCAGCUGAUGCGGAGAGGCCACGGGAGAGAAUCCAGGGAAUCUGCAUUGCCAAUGAGAGCUACCAGAGAGCAUACCUUGCAGCGGGCUCAUUUGUGGAUGGGCACUUUGUGGAAGGGCCUGGCGAAGCAGAGGACGAAACUGCUGUACUCACUGGGACCUCAAGCUGCCCUCAGCCAGAGGAUAGUAGAGAUUUAGAUGACGAGCAUCUGUCUGAAGAAUUCACUCACUUCUAUGAAGUUGAUAUUUAUCAAUCCAUAUUGGAUACUAGUGCCUCAGACUCAAUACAAGAGAGUCGGAUCCUAAGCAUGAUUCGACAAAAAAGCAAAGAGCAAAGAGACGUUGAGGCAGAAUGUUGUUUAGUGUUAGAUGGCCUCGAGCAGCAAGGGAAAAGUGCAAUACGGGCAGACUUGCAGGAAGCUUCAGGUUCUGUGGGAUUUUUAAUGGAGGAUCUCGAAAACAUGGCUCAAGUGUGGGGAUGUUACUCGCCGUCUACUUCGGAAGAUCUGGACGGAGAAAGCUUCAUAGGAGACUCUCCUGUUCGGCUCUCCCCUCUCCUCGACAGCGUUUCAUUCACCCUGAGCAAACUCUCUGGAAAUCUGGAGGAGCCGUCUGUUCCUGAAGCCACCAGUGAACCGUCUGGUUUGAACUCAUCCUGCUUCUCUCUUUUUGAGCUGCAGUAUGACAGCCCGACUUUUCCUUUUCCCCGCGACUCACUCUCCAUUGGUCACGAUAACAACACCGAUUCUAGUAGCUGUCUCGAUCCACAUUCUAAUAAACAGUCUCGUUUGCUAAUAUGGACCAAAAAUAGUGCCUUUGACGAAACUGAACACUGUUCUAACUUAUCAACACGAACUUGCAGUCCUUGGUCGCAUUCAGAGGAGACUCGUUCAGACAAUGAGCAAGGAAACGCUCCGGCAGAGGACGCUGCUCAAUUUGGCAACGAAGAGAUUGAUUGUAUAAUCCCUCCUCUCUCUGGUACAUAUCUAGAGGAUGAAAUCUUGGACUUUUUGCAAGAAGACUCUGGCCGCAAGUGCGAGGAGGUCAGUGUCAGCACAGCAUCCAAUCAGACGUUCACCAAAAAAUCUAAAUUGGAGUCCAUUUGCGGUAUACCAUUGGAAGAGGACGAGAGUAAACAGUACAGCACUGGCAUGUUUUCGGACAACACAAACCAACAGAGUGAGGAUUACAGCUCAGGGAUAAUAAAAGACAUUUGGACUGCGAUUGGAGAUGGCAAAUCUGUAAAGUCAAGGCCGGGAGCAGAAAAAGCGGGCGAGGGGCUCUUCUCAGAUGAGUCCGGCGGUUACUGCUGCAGCUGUUUGGAGGUGCAGGCGAAAGGAGUUCCAAUUCAGGGGCCUCAGAAAAAAGCAGUACAGCGGUCCGAGUAUCACCUUUGGGAAGGCAAGAAGGACGAACAGGACUUAGCCAAAAACAAACUCUCCAAGGUAGAUGGUGCCGGGGAUUACAUGACUCCGUCCAAGCCCUGGGACUUAAACUCCGACAAGGAGAGUACGUCGUUCAUCCUAGGAGGGGUGUACGGAGAGUUGAAAACACUAAGUGGUGAUAAGAAUUGGGCUGUUGUACCGCCAAGCGACACCCAGGACAGCCUGCUACAGUGCGCCGCUGCAGCCACAUCCGCUUCUAGCUCAGACAUGCUAACCAUCACCGGCACAGAUGUGUUCAUGAACACGAGCAGCCGCUUCGCCCCCGGGCACAGGCCCCUGUGGAGGCCUCUCGUGUCCUUCGGGCAGAGCGACCCGGCCAUUAGAGGAGGCGGAGAUGGAUUGAAUAAGGGAUUUUCUUUCAUCUUCCAUGAAGAUUUGCUUGGAUCUUACGGAGGCCUGCGCAGUAGCGAGGAGCAAGGCUUAGAGUACCCGUUCGCAUCCUUCAACCUGAACAAUCCCUUCUCUCAAGUCCUCCACGUUGAGUGUUCCUUCGAGCCCGAGGACAUGGCUUCGUUCAGUCCAGGAUUCAAACCCAAAUCCAUCCUUUGCUCGGACUCCGAGAACGAAGCCUUCCACCCUCGAAUAUAUGGCAUCAACCGGACGCAGUAUAGGGCCAUUCGCAUUUCCCCCAGGACUCAUUUCCGACCAAUAUCAGCCUCCGAGUUGUCCCCUGGUGGAGUGAGUGAUUCAGAGGCCGAGACUGACAAAGAGGACAUGAGUUUUCCCGUCCUGGCGCCGGUGGACGUAUUCGAUGAUCCUCAGGCGGACCUCAAACCUCUGGAGGAGGACGCAGAAUGCGAGGGCCCAUAUUAUGGGAAGUCAGAACUGGAAUCUGGUAAAUUCUUACCCAGAUUAAAGAAGUCUGGCAUGGAGAAGAGUGCCCAGACCUCUCUGGAUUCACAGGAGGGCUCCAGUACCCUCCUGCCAAUCGCUGAGCAAGAGAUUUGCUUAGACUGCAAAACGGCAGCAGCUGCGAGCGCUGGUGGACAGACGGACGUUCCUGUCGGCAAGAUUCAAAAAGAGGCGUCUUCAGGAGAAAAACAGUCCUGCUUAUGUUCGCCAGCCAGUCAGAUUCCCAAGUACGGGAUUGCUUACGACUUUGUUGGAGAUGUGCCAGAGUUCCCUCUGUUAAAUAUAAGUGGACAGGGAGGAACUGGCAACCAGCAGGAUGAGUGCUGGUGGCAGAACACAAUUUGUUCCCCCCUAUUCCCUGGAUCUCAGUGUACAGGAAGCAGCAACAUUUGAGUGAUCCAGUUCUGCAGAGGACGCCUGUCGCGGGGAGGAAAUCUUCCUCUACUUUUGAGACUGGACUUCUACCAGCAAAGAUUCAGGGUCACCUCAGAGCUGGAAAACCUAAUGUAGGCUAAUUCUCUGAGACACCCCCCCCCCCACCCACCCCCACCCCCCAACGCAUAACUCUGUUGGUUUUCAUUUACUAACGUACAAAAACCUUGUGUAAUCAACAAUCGGAAAUCGACAAAGAGUGAGUGAAAAUAGGAAAACUUCAAAAAAUCUGUUCUGUCUUUGAGUGAUGCCAUUUUUUUUUGCGGACGUGCAUUCAAGGCAUUUUAGAGUUUGUUUCAGUUGAUUCUUCUGUACACUGGUCCUCAUUCAGAUCUCACAGUUAACCAGUAGGGACAACAUUUCGUUCUAUCCUCGUCAGUUUUUGUUCCCACUAUUUUUUUUUUUUUUUUUUGCUUUCGAGUCUGGAUUUUGGUAGUCGGUGGCGUCUGAAUGGUUGUGCAUGUACGUACGUAUGUCCGUCCAGCCAGUCUCACUCCUCCUCCUCCUCCUCUAGUUACAACCUAAUGUUGUGUCCAAACAACUGCUAUCGCGUCCUCUACUUUCCAUCUUGUGUUCAGAAAGACAAAUAUAAAGGAUGUUGAGAUUUUUUUUUUUUUUUUUUUAUUAAUUUUUUUUUUUUUUUGAGUUGUGGAAGAAAUUUGAGAGUUUAAUUUAUAUAGUUUGUUUGGACGACUUUCUGAAUGUGAAGUAGAGAAUGUGUGUGUGGCUUUCUUCUAAAUAUCCGUCAAUUCCCCAUGUGUGAAAAGUUAUCAGUCUGAUUUUUUUUUUUUUUUUUUUUUUUUUUUUGAAUGGUGAUAGUCUUUCAAAAAGCUAGUAGUAGACAUAGUAUGGUUUGUGAGGCUAAAAUAAAAAAAAAAUAUUUUAAAAAAACAGGAAAUCAAAAGGAGUUUUGUUGGCAAAAAAAAAAAAAUCAAAAAAAUACUAAUCUACUUGAAAAUGCAAUGCUGUAAAAGAAUUUGGGGGUAAAAAAAAAGAAAAAAUUAAAAAAGUUUGUGUUUUUGGGGUAAAGACCCGUCAUGAAAAGACUACAGCCAUUUCUGCAGACACCUCUGUUGCAACUGAAUGAAACUUUUCUUUUCUUUUUUUUUUUUUUUGUAAUUUCUAUGGUACAAACUAUUGGUGCUAUAAAUAUGUUUUAAAAAAAAAAAAAAAAUCCUUCGAAGAUGCAGUUCCAUAAUUUGGCUGUGAUGAGUAGACGACAUAGCCGAGGAUUUGUUUCUUAGCCCAAACAUUUUUUUUUUUUUUUUUUUUUUUUUGCGGAGAGAAAACCUUUUGCCUGUUUGUUGCUUAUUGUGGCUUGGUUUUUUUAUUUUAAGGUAACCUCUUAGUUGUAAAAGCUGAAGCUCAUGAUUCUACACAUCCUUGCAGUUUGUUGCCCUCCAGCAGAAAGGACGAAACACCCUCCGACUGUCCGUUCUGCAACUAAACAAAACAACGUUAAACCAAAAAAAAGAAACAGACUAAAUACACUAAGGUACAAAUGUUUUUUUUUUUUCUUCUCUCCAUUACGGGGUGUGUUUUUAUUUUUAUUUUUUUGUUGGUUUACAAUAUAUCUUUAUUGAAAUAUUGAGAACGUCUCACUGUGUGUAUGUGUGUGUGCGCUGACAUAGAACUUGUUAAGAUUCGGAGCGAGAAAAAAUAGAGCUUUUAUGUCAGAAACGUGAGCGUCUGCGAAGACACAUUCACAAAAAUAUAAAUAAAUGAAUGAAUAUAAUGAGAGGAGGCCCCUUUAAUCUGAAACACGAAUUGGCUCCAAAAUGUGUGAGAUGUGCUUCACUAACCCUCCUUAAAAAAAAAAAACAAAACAAAAAAACCUGCGCUUUCUUUCUUUGUUUCCGAUUUUUAUUUAUUUUUCAGAGUAUGAGGGCAGUAGUAGCGCUUCACACCGACGAAACUGAAGCACAGAUGACUUAAAACGAUCCCUCCGUUAACGGGUGUAAUGCACUGUCGCAGGCGAAGGUGUCUCUUUAGGAAAAGAUGCGGAAAUUUGCUUCAAAGUCUGUCAAGUUCGCUUAAAAAAAAAAACAAAACAAACUCAAAAACAAAAAAAAAAAAACGCCCCUCCUUCUCCUUCUUCCCCAAAAAAGUAGCUGAAUGACAAGUACUCAACUUCAGGGUCUCGUCACCUUUCUUUGACAGUCAUCCGACACUCAGGAAUUUUUUAAUAUAAAGCAUACUACAUGAUCUACACUCAGACCUGUGACAGUGCAUUGAUGCAUCAAUGUAAAUCUUUUUUGAUUGUAGAAAGAGCAGAAAUUAUUGACACGAGUUCUUCCCUCGCAAACCGCAGAGGUGACCUGUCAUUAAUUUAUAGUUUUAAGCUGGGGGGGUGAGGGGAGAGACAAAUAAAUAAAUGAAUAAAUAAAAAAAAUAAAAUAAAAGCCAUUGUAGGUUGCAUAAAGCAAUGCUGAAGGGAAUUCAAGAGUCCUAUGCAAAACCUUGGCGCAUGUAAAACAUUCACGAGUUAUAAGGAGAAAAGUCAUCCAGUUAAUUCAUUAAUUUUGCAUGUGAAUUACUUUUGAGUGAGGGGACACCUGAGAGAAAACCACUAAGGAGUGUCUCCUAAAAUAAAAAUAAAAAAAAGAGAGAAAAUAAUAAAUAAAGCAUGCAAACGUCACACUCCAUCUCUUUAAGUUGGAUUAAAUGAAAUAUUUUAGUUUAUAUAUUAAAAAAAAAAAAAAAUAGAGUGAGGUUAAAUCAGUGAUUGAAAGAUGUUAUAUGACUCUGUGUGUGCGUGUGCGUGCGUGUUUGUGUGUCUGUUGUGAAUGUGUGCGAGGAGUCACACAAAGCACUUAACAUAUGGGAGCUGAAAGGAACGCGUUCACUUUCCCCAUUUAAUUCUUCCAUUUUCGGUCGGGUGUGUUUCAAAAAAAAAAAAAAAAAAAAUGAAAAAAAAGCGCGACGUGAAAAUGCAUUCGGUGAGUGGAUACGUAAUUUGGAGCGAUGUCGUAUCCGGCACUGAAAAGUUUUCCCCCCCGUCCCUUCAUUCCCAACCUAGAUGACGCUCCCUCUGUCCUCUUUGUCCCUGAGCCCCCCCCCCCCCCCACUCCUAUCUGUCCCAAGUAGCUGUGUUCUAAUUUCAUGUACACCCCCCUGAGUAAAUUAUUUUUGUUUCAUUGUGGAUUUUCUGAACAUCUAAUAAAGGAAUAAACCAAA